UGAGGACCGAGACUUGUGCGGCGCUUCCUGGCACCCCCCAUUCAACAAUAGCAUCAUCGCGGGACGUCCUGACCGAUUUGCGCAUGGCUUACUUCAUCUGAAGCUGGAUUCACAACGCUUGUGAUUCAAAACAGAGGCCCUUCUGGAAACAGAGCUCUCGCAGUCGUCAUGACUUCGCCGGCAAUGUACGAUGCCCAAAAAGGCGACGAGGAACACAUCCUGGACCUUGGCGGUGGUCGACAGCUAGCUUUCGCCCACAAUGGCCCGCCGGACUCGCGGACGAUUGUUCUUUUCUUCAGUGGAUUGAUGAGCGUUGGCAGCGCCCGUGAGGUCCCGGUGCCUUGCCAGGAGCUCGGUGUCCACUGGAUAUCACCAACACUCCCGGGUAUGGGCAGGUCAAGCGCUCGAUUCUCAGGGGAGUCGUAUCACACUGCGCUGGCACGCGACCUCACGGCUCUACUAGCUCACCUAUACCCCACGGGCGACUUCGACACCAUGUACGUCGCAGGCGGCUCAUAUGGAACGGUCCAGGCGCAGAUGAUAUUUGGGGCUCCUUACGACCUUUUCCCCGCCGGCCGAAAGAUUGCAGGCUGCAUGCUUCUUGCUGGCUUCUCGCCGUUCAAAUACCACACCGAUCAUGCAAAGUCGCUCAAUUGGCAGACCUGGAUUUCCGUCGGCCCGCCGUCGCAGCUCGUCCCCUUCCACCUCUUACAGCGUCUCACCAGCAGCGUCCUAGCCUCCAAGUUCAAGACCUUGGACGGUGCCAAAGGAUUUCUCAACCAGACGCUCUUUGCUCGGAUGGAUCCAGACGAGUGGGCGACGUUCGCCGCAUGGUUGAAGAAGAAAGGCCAGACGGAAGAGGAAUUCAUCACUAGGCUCGCCAACAAUGCUAUUAAAUGUUGCCAGACCUGGGAAGGCUUUAUUGAAGUGUCGGAUGUGAUCCACGCGGACUGGGGCUUCAAUCCAGCAACCUUGGAUGAGCAUCAUGCUUCAAAGCCAGUCCUCGUCAUCGGCUCAGAUAACGAUCACGUGGGUGGAAGCACGAACGACUGGCUGGUUGCCAACUACAAGAAUGCGACGCUCAAGAUAAUUCCCGGUGGGCACAUCUCGUCUCUCUUCUACAUGGACGAGAUCUGGCAAACCAUGAUUGACUUGUCGAAGUCUAUUGAAAGGUAAAGAUUAUGAAAUCAGGAACUUCAUGGAGACUUAGGCUGCUCCGAUGCCGGGAACUUCUCGAGUCUAACAUUCAAUGGCCCGUGGCAAGCUACUGUCUUCCCAUUGGCAAGAACCGGAGCCGUCAAUUCGUACACGCUCACAUUGGCAAAUUCGACUCUUUGGCAUUAGUACCUGCCCUCUUGUUGGGGAGAAACAACCUCUCAGCGCUUUCUUCCGUUCGCUCAUCUGUGUGGUAUACGUCGUCGCGCUCGUGUCGGUGCGCUUCAUUGAGAGAUAAUAUUCAUCGACACUGGCGUCUGCACAAGCCUUUAUGGACAAGAAGGUAUUAUCUAAACCGGUAUUCUCUAUCGCAAUGCCAAUUUGAGUGACACAGACGUCGCCGGCGACGGUGUUGUGGGUGAUAUGCAAAUCGCACCCAGGUGGCGUGGCUAAGUCGCAGGCAGCGCCGUGACUGGGCCAUGAUUGAGAUCUUCGUCGUGCCUUUGUCAAGAUGUGUAGAGUGUGUAUUUAGAUGCUGUAACUGCGGCGAUCCUUUCGCAAGGAAAGCUCAAUAAAUGUUAUGACCUGCC